AUGUCGACAGCUUCUAGUCAGUCCCGGGGCAUUAAUCGACGGAUUAACAGCCUCCAGAAUGACAUUCGCCACUCGCGCAACCUUUCUGGCUCUCGCAGACGCCCCGUGAACUCCUCCACGGCCUACAAUUAUGCCCUCCGCGUGGCCUACCUCGCUCACCUCCUCCAACCUCGUAUGCGCCGGGCUCAGACUGCGCCAACUCCCCAGCAGCGGCCCAAGAGAGCGACUACAUUCCAUGAUCUUAUGAGUGAUUUCUCUCUGGUCCGCGACUCCAAGAGCACGAGAAUCCCCCAUGGCUUCAUAUCGGAACUGGAGAAACGGUUGACGGGGAUCCUGACAAAGAAGGAAAAGAGGAAGGAGUAUCAGGAUCCGUUGGUUGUGAGGACUUUCGCUGCCUUCCUUAACGCCUUGAAAGACCAGUCAUUCAAAAAACGCAUGGAGAAGGACCGACGUGCGGAGGACCUGGUCUUGAUCUUCUAUUCGAACGCCACCAAGGAACUGAGCAAGGGCAAGGAUCCGGAUGAUGAUCACUGGAAAUUCAUGGUGGACCGACAUGUCGCCCUUUUUGUCCGGCUGUUUGGGCUGAUCUUGAAGAACAACGACUGGGCCAAAGAUCGUCCGGAGCUGGCAAACCGACUGUCGGUUUUGGAGAACAAGCUUCUUUCUCAGGACCAGGAUCUGGUAGAAACAAAUGGCGCGUCGACCGUGGAGGUUUUGGCCCCCGUGAGCUAUGAUGUGAGGGACAUGCACCUCGUGCAACACGUGGCGAGGAUUUUCGACAUGAGUACUACGCAGGUCCAAUCUGACAUCGAUAAACACCGGGGCGUCUGGACGGCCCAGGCGGCCCUCAAAGACCUCAAGGCCUAUCAGGCUCAUUUGAACCUCAACACUCGGAAAACGUUAUCAAAGGAGGAUUUUGAGAACGAAGAGGCGUAUGAGCAUUGGAAAAAAAGCGAAGGCCCUGAUCUGUCUCAGAUGAUGCUUGCCAUCAUGCAAUCAAAUCCUGAAAUUGCUAAAAGCACACCUGGAAAUAGUAACCUCGACCCAGCCCAUGGGGAGCUAUCGAGAACAAACACCGAUAGACCGAUUUCAUAUGUUAUUGAUCAGCCCAUUGAUCUUAGUUCGUUGUCGCUGAGCGAGGACGCUACCAAUGAAUCGGAUGAGUCGGACACGUAUACCUAUAUACCGCCAGACCCGCGUUCGAUGUACAGAUAUAUCCUGUCCCAAACAUUGAGCCAUGACCUUAGGGAACGCGACCUCGAAACUACAUCCGAAGGCCCCUCGCACAAACUCCUCUCGAAACAGUCGUCGGAGUUCCUGAAUGAAGUCUGCUUACGAUGGCGGCUACCCAGUUUCUCUCGGAUCGUCUUGUUCCUGGAUGUCGCGCGAUCAAAGUUCGUCGACAAUGAGAUGGAUCUUGACACUCUGGAUUCAGCAUUUACAUUUGUCAAGGAGACUCCGUCAGAUGGUAAAAAGCGCAGCAGCUUCGUGGCUUCCGUGAUGUUUGAACGGCACAAGUGGACAAUCCAUGAUCUUCUAUUGAUGCAGCAAAUACUGUCAUCUCUGCACGAAGCUUUGCUGCGGGAGCUGUAUGUCGUCAUGAUGGAUUGUUUCGAGGCCAAACCUCGUCCGCUUGGCCCCGUAAUGUACGUGCUGGAGAAUCAUAUCCAGCUGGAUCCCAAUUACACUGAGGAUUCAGAAGACAUGGAUCGUUUCUGCUCGUACGUGCAGGAUGGACUUGCGCAAAAGGCGACGGAGAAGUACCAAGCACUUCUAGGGCAGGAAGUCCCCGUGGAGCAAGAGGCGUGGGAGCUAAACCAUAUCAUUCAACUCUGUGAUGCUAUUGCGAAGCUAGGACAAAAGAUCCGAAAGCGGUAUCGACAUAACCCAGAGAUUAUGGGGGUCAAUCCCUACAGGACGCUGCUCUCGAAUGUCCUCCCAAUCUUUGCCGAAGACGCCCACGAAAUGGUCGUUAGGAUUCUCGAGCAGGAAAAGAUUCGAGGCGAAGAAAUCGCGAUGGAGGAUGGCUUUGACCUCUAUAAGCAAUUGACGUCUAUUCGUGCUCUUUUCACAGAGGCGCUUCCAGACGUCCCAUUCCCGUUCAAGGUGGAAGACUUGCUGGAAGAUUUUGUGUGGCGAUGGAUUCACUUGACCGACCAGAAGGUUAUGGACUGGGUCGAACAGGCGAUCAGACAAGAUGCGUUCACUGUGCGGGCUGACGAUCCCACCUCCGACUUGGUCCCUGAAGAUCACCGGCACAGCGUCUCCGUGAUCGACAUUUUCCGUUCAUUCAACCAGGUGGUGGAACAGAUGAUCUCGCUCGAGUGGGAUGAUGACCUCCAGUACGCCAAGUUUAUGACUGCGCUGUCCAAAUCGAUCGGAAAAGGAGUCUCAAGAUACUGCGAAGCCUUGGAGCAAAUGUUUGCCAAAGAAAUGGACCGACUCUCUCCUGACCAGGAAGCCGCCAUGAAUCAGACAACCCAGGAGAAAUUGAUGCAAAUUGCCAAGGAGGCCUGGGCAAGCAAAGAAAAGAUUGAGCCUUUCCAAUUCUUUCCGGAGUCCUUGGUGAAGCUCAACAAUAUUGAGUAUGCGCUUUCUCAGUUCGACAAGCUUGAACAUGAAAUCAAUGUCGAUGGGUGUGCGGACGUUAUAGCACAGCAUGCCCCUCCGCAAGCCCAGCAGAAGAUCCGCAGGUCGACCACAUACGUUUUCACAAUCAAGAUCGUGGAAGCCGAGGACCUGAAGGCCUGCGAUAUGAACGGAGGCAGUGAUCCAUACGUCGUGUUGGCAGAUGAAUAUCAGAAGCGCAUUGCCAAGACUCGUAUCAUCUAUAACAAUCUGAACCCAAGAUGGGAUGACACCGUUGACAUCACCACCCAGGGGCCACUGAACAUUAUUGCAACCAUCUGGGAUUGGGACGCAGUUGGGGAUCAUGACUACGUGGGUCGAACUUCCAUUAAGCUGGACCCGGUGCAUUUCAGUGAUUUCCUGCCACGGGAGUACUGGCUGGACUUGGACACCCAAGGUCGUCUGCUUUUGCGGGUUAGCAUGGAGGGCGAGCGCGACGACAUUCAAUUCUACUUUGGCAAAUCGUUCCGCACGUUGAAGCGCACCGAGAGAGAUAUGACGCGCAAAAUCACGGAGAAGUUGUCUGCAUACAUUAGCCAUUGCUUGUCGCGUCGAACCCUGAAAUCUUUACUCUCUCAGAAGCUGAGUAUAUCCAGCGUCUCUAAUUUCCUCAACCGAAACCGGGCGCAGUCUGCUACUACCAUGCCAUCCAAUGUGGAUGUGGAAAACGCCCUGACACCCCUCUUUGACUACUUUAACGACAACUUUGCCAUCAUGAACAAAACUCUCACUUCGGAAGCCAUGAAGAUGGUCAUGGCUCGCUUGUGGAAGGAGGUGCUGAGCACCAUUGAGAGUUUACUGGUGCCUCCUCUGUCCGACAAACCGUCGCACCAAAAGCCUCUUACAAUGCAGGAAGUCGACAUCGUCUCUCGCUGGCUCGUUCUCCUCCUGAACUUCUUCCAUGCCAUUGACGAUGAAACCGGCGAAGCCAAUGGUGUCUCGAUCGAUAUCUUGAAGUCGCCCAAGUAUCACGAGAUCCAGACCCUGAACUUCUUCUAUUUCGAGCCCACUGAAACUCUCAUUCGGACGUCUGAGCGAAUGGCCUCGGCGACCAUCUCUCGUCAACAAGCCAGCAAAAACCGAGCGUCUGCCCCGCCCCAUAUUGGAUCGAGCGGCACAGGCAGCGUUCUGGGUCUUCCCAGCCAACGACGAGCCAAGAGUAUCAUGCUCUCUCGGAACCUGGGCACCAUGCGGAAGAUGAAGGAGGAGAAGCGGCGCGAGGCCCAAGCGGAGCCCAACGACGAUAUGAUUCUGCGUAUUCUCCGCAUGAGACCGGAGGCAGCGGGCUACCUGCGCGAUCGAAGCCGUCAGAAAGAACGACUUGCAGCAGCCGCAGCGGCCGACGCCAUUGUGAAGCAGAGUCUAAUGACCGGGGGAGGACGAAUGACGGGGACUCUGGGACGACGGUAA